UAUUCCGGCACUAACUUGUCUAUAUUGUUUAUACGAAACGGCUGGUACUCUCGCCAGGGCGGGGUGUAUUUUGCGCAAACAAUAAACAAAGAAGCGGCUAUAAAUAACACCGCUCUUAUUGCGCCUCGGCUGUUUGAAAAGUUGAAUGCACUCGGCCUUUGAAGGCGGCCUAAAGCCCCAGAACCUACUUGAACUCCUUGUAACCGACGUUUCCUCUGCUCCACUUGCAGUUUCUCCAAAUAGAAAGCAGCCAGAAUGUUCGUCGUACGUCGUAGUGCAUCCCGCCUGUACCCCGGUGGAAUCCAGCUGGCCAAGAUGAGCGGCAGCCAGGUGGGCGACCUGGGCAGCGGCGCCGGCAAGGGAGGCGGCGGCGGUGGCUCCAUCCGCGAGGCAGGCGGCGCCUUUGGCAAGCUGGAGGCGGCCCGCGAGGAGGAGUACUUCUACAAGAAGCAACGCGAGCAGCUGGAGCGCCUGAAGAACGACCAGAUCCACCAGGCUGAGUUCCACCACCAGCAGAUCAAGGAGCACGAGGAGGCCAUCCAGCGCCACAAGGAGUUCCUCAACAACCUGAACAAGUGAGCGGUGAUCCGCCGGGAGAAAGUGACCACGCAGAUGCGUUGACUCGAGACAUUUACUUAAAUGCAUUUCACCCGCUUUUGUAUUUCCCCAAGUGCUCACUAUACUUUACUACCAAUAACUCAGAAAUGUUGAAUGUUUUUGAAAGCAGCGUCAAUAAAACACCCAUACUUUAAUGGAACAUAAA